UGAUGCCAGGAAACAUAUAAAAGAGCCGCCGGCAAAUGUGUGAUUCAAUGCGCACACUGACAUUUAGCACUUUGUUUCAAUUUGUUCGGUGUCCACCUCUUUCAGCCGAGAUGAGAAUUGGUGUACCCAUAAUCCUCUUUGUGGCAGUGGCAGGUUUCCACAGUGUGAUUUCAGCAUCUCUGCAAUGUGAUGAAAGGACUAAAUUGCCAGAGGAUAGAGCGUUUGAAGAGAACAGCACGACACCACAAGCAGACAAGCCGGAGUAUGAGGCUGCUCAUGUGAAAGAUGGAGAGACAAAGGCAGUGACAGACACUACAGAGGAAGAUGAUGAUGAAGACUCAGAAGAGAAAAAAUUGCUUGAGAAGAAAGAUAGUGAUGAUGAGAGAGAGGCACUAACAGAUGCUACAGGAGCGAACACCGGAAGUGACGAGACCAUAGAUUCAGACUCUGAGGACGACACCUCCCAACAGAAAACAGAACACAGUGAGCAGGCUGAAGCGAAUGUGAAAAGCUUUGAGGAUUUCAGUGAUGAAGAAUAUGGUCGAUAUUAUGAUUAUUAAAACAGUGUGGCAGUGUGGAAUCUAACAUCAUUUAAACCUAAAUGCCUUGUUUUAUAAAGCAUAUUGAAUAUAUAAAACUCUAACCUGUAUGUACCACCUGGACGAAAAACAUUGUGACCUUUCACACAAUUUGUGAUCGCUGCUUUUUUGUUUUUCAAAUAAAGACUGUAAACACUG